CAGGGAAGAAAAAUAAUAUAAAGGGCAGCCCUGUUAUUUUCUCUCGUAUAAAUACGGAAAACACACACGUCCCAAUAGGUGUGCGACGGUUUUGCUUUCUUCCUGCUCUCUUUCAUUUUCCCCUAACCUCUCUGCCGUAAAGGUACGAUCAUCUUCUUCGUCUUCUUCGAUGCUUUUUAUUUCUUUGUAAAUGUAUAUCACCUUCUAUUUCUCUUCUGCAUUCUGUAUUAUUUCAAUUUUUUUUUUAUUUUUUCUGGUUCAAAAUUCUAAUGUUGCCUUUGUUUUCUCCUUUUUUUUGGGGAUUUGCAUACGCUGCGGUUUAGGUGAAAGAAGAAUUGAGGUUUUUGGAUUUCAUCGUGAUCAGUGAGAGAGGAUUGGAUUGACACAAUGGGAAGGCUAUUUCUGAUUCAUUUAGAAGGGUACAAGUAUUCUUGCAAGCACUGCAAAACGCAUCUCGCUCUCUUCGACGACAUUAUUUCUAAGUCUUUCCACUGCAGGAAUGGCAAGGCCUAUCUCUUUGAUAAUGCAAAAACUCGAUGGAUAUUUUGUGUGAAUGUUACUGUUGGGGAGAAAGAAGAGCGGAUGAUGAUGACUGGAAUGCACAUUGUCGUUGACAUAUUCUGCGUUGGCUGUGGCUCUAUUGUCGGAUGGAGAUAUGAAGCUGCUCAUGAGAAGAGCCAAAAAUAUAAAGUAGGAAAAUAUAUCCUUGAGAGGUUUAAAGUGUUGGGUCCUGAUGGAAGCAGCUAUUCUCCUACUCUAGAUAAUCCCCAGAUGUCUGGAAGUGAUGCCGAUGACAUGUGAAUAAAUUCGGGAGUUUCUGAUGAUUAAUCAAACUGGUUCGAACUGUACAUUCUUGAACUGCAGUGUCUUGAUUCCUUUUUGCCUGCUAAUUUCAAAUUAGUAGAUAUGAACAUAGUUAACUAGUGACCGGUUCUGCUCCAGAUGAAUUUUUGAGUGCCCAACAUUUGUGGCGUCGAAUUAAACGAGCUCUAGAAAAUUGGCUCUUUGGUACUGCUAUGCUUGAUACAACCUCGGGUGAAACUCUCGAAAUUUUGGGUUUUUUUUUGAGGUUAUGUUUGGAAUUUGGAUGACCACUACCAUUUAAAUGAAGUCUUUGUUUAGGAG